GCCGCUCCUCCCCCGCGCGGGGCGGUGCGGAGCGGGCAUGGCGGGGGCCGCGGGGGCCCCUCCGCGCCUCGCUGUGGCCGUGGCCGCUCUGGCCGCGCUGGUGGCCCUUAAAUAUUACCGGGACGGGGAAGCGGCGCGGCAGCAGGAGCUGGCACUGAAGUCUUUGGGAAGAGAGGGGCUGUUCCUCUUCUCAUCUCUGGACACAAACAACGACCUGUACCUCAGCCCAGAGGAGUUCAAGCCGAUAGCAGAGAAGCUGACGGGGGUGGCUCCCAUCUCAGAAUUUGAAGAGGAGGAGACGCCUGAUCCAAGUGGGGAGACAUUGUCCGUUGUGGCUAAAUUCCAGCCUUUGGUCAUGGAAACAAUGACGAAAAGCAAAGAUGGUUUCUUGGGAAUUUCUCACGUCGCUCUGUCUGGGCUCAGGAACUGGACGGCCCCAGCCACUCCGAUGAGCGAGUUGCUUGCCAGGCAGUUUAAAGCCUUUCUUCCUCCAAAGAAUAAACUGGAACUUGGGGAUCCGUGGUGGAUAAUUCCUAGUGAAUUGAAUAUCUUCACUGGGUACCUUUCCAACAACAGAUUUUACCCUCCCCCUCCCAAGGGCAAAGAGAUCAUAAUCCACAAGCUUUUGAGCAUGUUCCACCCGCGCCCCUUCGUCAAAACCCGCUUUGCUCCCCAGGGAGCCGUGGCCUGCAUCCAAGCCAUCAGCCCCUUCUACUACACCAUCGCCUUCAGGAUCCACGCUGAGUUCCAGCUGAACGAGCCACCAGACUUCCCCUUCUGGUUUUCCCCAGGCCAGUUCACAGGUCACAUAAUCCUCUCCAAGGAUUCUUCCCACGUCCGAGAGUUUAAGCUCUUCGUCCCUAACAACAGGUCUCUGAACGUUGAUAUGGAGUGGCUGUAUGGGGCGAGCGAAAGCAGCAACAUGGAAGUGGAUAUAGGUUACCUGCCUCAGAUGGAGCUGGAAUCCACAGGGCCUUCAAUCCCCUCUGUGAUCCAUGACGAGAACGGGAAUGUGAUUGACAGCAGGGAUCCCUCAGGGGAGCCCAUUCAGUUUGUGUUCGAAGAGAUAACCUGGCAGCAGGAAAUCCCCUGGGAAGAGGCAGCUCAGAAGCUGGAAGUGGCCAUGUAUCCAUUUAAGAAGGUCUCCUAUCUUCCUUUCACACAAGCUUUUGAGAGAGCAAAAGAAGAAAAGAAACUGGUGCACUCAAUCCUGUUGUGGGGUGCCCUGGACGACCAGUCCUGCUGAGGUUCAGGGCGAACUCUCCGGGAGACCGUCCUGGAAAGUUCGCCCAUCCUCGCCCUGCUCAACGAGAGCUUCAUUAGCAGCUGGUCACUGGUGAAGGAGCUGGAAGAGCUGCAGAGCAACAGAGAAAAUGAGUUCUACAGCAAGCUGGCUGACCUGCACCUGGAGAAAUACAACUUCCCUGUGGAGAUGAUCAUCUGCCUCCCCAACGGCACGGUGAUUCAUCACAUCAAUGCCAACUACUUCCUGGAUAUUACUUCUAUGAAGCCCGAAGAUGUUGAAAGUAGCAUCUUUAGUUUCUCAACCAAUUUUGAAGACCCUUCAACUGCAACUUACCUCCAGUUCCUGAAGGAAGGGCUGCAAAGAGCAAAACCUUAUCUGCAGACCUAAAAACAGGGGCACCCAAGUGCCCCACAGAGACAGCCAAAAACUUCAGAGAUCUGGUUUGAUGACAGCGAUUCUCCCUCCUCUUUGUGCCAGACAUUGAUGUUAGGGUGCAGGCAGUCCUAGGUUGUUGCUCUGGAUGUUGUUUUCAAGCUGAAUUUCCAGUGUUUCCAGUUUACAGAAUCCAACCUUUGGAGUUCAGGCAGAUUUUUACAGGAGUGUGAAUACUUGAAUCUGUAAACGUUCUCAGCACACAGGCCUUGCGCUGAGAACCCUCAUGUUCAGCUCCCAUUCAGACUCCAUGGUGAAACUCACCUAACAGCUGUGCCAGGCAGCACCCGGGACCCCUGAUCCCAAGGACUGGACUGUGUGUGUGCUGAAACUCGGAGAACAGCAUUGCUAUUACGACCAAACACUCGUGGUGAGCGCCUGCGCCCUGGAGGUGAAGGCACAGAAUCCAGCACGGGUGAGAAGAUCCCUCCUGGAAGCCAGCGUCCUCCGCACCUCCUUGCCAGCAGCAGCUCUGAGCCGUAAGCUGGGAUGGCAGUUCUUCAUGACAGUGGGAGCAACCAGUGUGGAAUGGGACUGUCACUGGCAACUUGUAGACGUGAACGUAGGCUUGAACUGGUGACUGAGCUCUGAAGCAGCCUCCUCCUGCUCCCAGCGUGGUGCAGUGGGAGAGCAGUUGGGUUCUUUGUGCCUGAGGGAGGUGCUGAGGUUGACCCAGCUGAAUUUGGAUUGGCAAAUGGGGCACUAGGGAUCCAGUGCAGCUCGAGGCUGUCAAGUGUGGGUUAAUUUGGGAGGAAUGAAGGGCCAGAGCCUUGCUGGUUCCACCAGUGCCCUCACCCCAUUCCACCAAGGGCUGCUCCCACCCCCAUGCUCAGAGAGCUUCUCCCCGUGCCUCCUCGGAGGUGGUGAAAUGCUCCUUCCACAUUUGCUUUGAGCUUCCAAGUCACUCUGAAUGAGGAACCACAAUGAAGUUCCCUUUGGGAACAGGAGGUCCAGUGUUGCCCUGGGAGCAUUAAUGGGUUGAGGACUGAGCCAUUCUGGAAGCCAGGAGUGCUAAAAUUUUCAGAUUUUUCCAGAGAAAUUGGGCAGAAUGGCCUUGGCCGUUACCUGUAACCACCCUGAGCAGUUGUUCCUGCUCCGUACCAGUGCCUGGCCACAAAGUGAGUGGAAUUUGGAGAAGGAAGGGUUCCAUGAAAUGAGUUUGAAAGUGUAUUCCUGCAGAGAGGUGAGGAGACAGAGCACCUGCAGGGGGUGGCUGCAGCCAGCCAGGCUGCUGGUGCUUUUCCUGCUCCCUGAAGCACAAAUUUUUGGGACCAAAUCAAACAGGGGAAAGCAGUUCUUUAGGAAGGGGAAAUUUCAUUCCUGGGCUCCAGGACCUGGCAGGAACCUGGAGGGUGAUCACCCUGUCCCAGCCCUCCUGUGUAUCCGUGGUUGGAGACUGAGCUUAGGUGAACCUCUGGCCUGAACUAGCGUAGCUUCACUAAUUACUCUUAGUGAGAAUAAUUACCCCUGGGAUGCUAUCAGCUGUAUAACUAUGCAUUAGCUCUGCACUUUGCUCACACUCCAAGGUGCCUGCAGUAAUGACAGGCUUGGAUCUUGGCAGUGCUUCCAGCUGCUGAAAGUGCCAGCAGUUGCCGUAAGUCCUGGAGUUUCCAGGCAGCGUUUGAGACCAUGUUCCCAUCACACCAUCAGCCUCAUCCCUCUGGGGAGGCUUUGGCCUCAUCCUUUUGGGGGCUUUGGCCUCAUCUCUUUGGGGUCUUUGGUCUGAGCAGAGAGCAGCAGAGGAGAUAGUGUAUAUGCCCACUCCUCCUCCAUGUAGAUCUGCCUUUCUGGCUUUCACAAAGCUCCACAAGGCAUUUCUGCUGCACCUUUCCUGAGCCCGUCCAGCUUCGGUCUUCAGAGCGGAGUCUCAGUUGUGCUUGGGUGGAGAGUUCACUCCGUUUGUUUUCCUUCCCACCAGUUCUGCAGCAGAAGGGGCCAGAGAGGGCAGUGGCUGAGCAGGCAGGGAUCACUCAGGUCUUUCCAGGCUUGGAAAAACGGGCACAGCAGCGAUUCCGUGGGGGUGAAGGGAGCCCCUCUGCCUUGUGCCAUGGUCAGGUUGGAAGCUGCAAGGGCAGCAUCGCUGCUGUGAGCCUGCAGACACGGAGCUCUCUUGCAGAGGGAGCAGGAUCCGUGCCUGGGCCCGCGGUGAUCCCGGGCUCACUGGGAGCCUUUGACAUCCGUGUGGUCACCCUGGUUUUCCUCUGAUGACCCACCAGGCGCUCACAGCCCUGCCCGAAGCUUGGGGUGACAGGGCUCUGUCUGAGGGGUGCUGGAAGGACCCCAGUAGGGAGGGCCAUGACUGCAUCCCCGUUAGCCCAGUAACAGCACAGGUGCCAAACCGUGAGUGGCCUCGGGCAGGAGCCGAUGCCUGAGGCCUUCCUUGAUCCGUGCCAAGCUUUUCCUCUGUUUGUAAACUAACUUCAAGAGUUUGGGUGGGCCGAGGGUACCCGUGUGGUGCUGCUUUUCCUGUUCCUCUGCUCCGUGACGCGCUGGUCUGAAACCGCAGUGGGCCAGAGCCGAUGUUUGCAGCGAGGGGAGCAGCGCCCCAUAAACCCAGACCGAAAUGUAACCCCAAACCCUAUCCACAGCCUCGGCCUCCUGUGGUCCCUGGGACAGGGGGGACACCGAGACGAUCCCCAUCUGGCAAAACAAACCCCAUGGUUCCACUCGCAGUGUGGUCAGGAGGAUCGGGUCAAACCUUCCCUUAAAGCCCUGUCCCA